AUGGCGUGGUCUGCGAGAAAGCGCAGGCAGACGGAGUCGGAGCCCUUUGAAUUUCAGAGGCGGCGGGUCGAGAAGAGGCAAAAUACGCAGGGCUUGGACCCCGGAUUGAAGGCCCAUUGUGCUGAAAUCUUGCAGCUUCUCAUGCAGCACGGACAUGGGAAGCAAUUUUCGAAGCGCGUUGAUCCUGUGGCGUCGAAUUUUCCGGAUUAUCUCUACGUCAUCCGGAAGCCGAUUGAUCUGGGUACUAUCAAGUCCGACUUGGAAAAGGGUUACUACUCCAGCGCCGAUUCCUUUGCCGCUGAUGUGAGGCGGGUGUUCUUGAAUGCCAUGAUCUAUUACCCUCGAGGGAAUUAUGUGCGCGCAGCCGCCCAACAUCUCAGUAAUCUCUUUAACACGAAGUGGGAAGAAACCAUGGCCAAAUUCUCAGUUCAUCGUCCUCUGCCACCUCCCAAAACCAAGGGUUUGUCGUCUCUGCCGUCUUCGUCCUUCUUCUCACCCGAACACAUACAUGGCGGUAGGACCGAGACCUGUUCUCCUUCUUCUUCUUCUACUACGGUUAUUCAAAGUCAAGGGCUUUUUGGGGUUCAUUCAAUUGCAAACACCGGUGGCAAAGACGAUGACUCUGUCAUUGCCACCCUCGUUGUUGAACAUUCUGGACAUUCUGUUGCAACUGUCACUGAGAAGAGCAGAGGACCAAGAGAAGGGAGAGUUGAGUUGCUGAAGCUUCGCUUUUCAGAUACAUUGUCGAAAGCUAACAAGAUCUUAAAAGGUGUACCCGACUCUCCUCCCGAGCAGAGGACCAAGAGAAGGGAUAGCCUCAGAAAAUCAGCUCGGCGUAGGAUUUCGAGUGUGCAAAAGUCUGUGAUGUUUGAUCAUGAUUCUAAGCACUAUCUCAGGGAACUUGAGAAGCUGUGCGGGUGUGGCAGCAAAGAUCCUUUUCUCAACGUUGGACAAGGAUUCCCUCUCAAGGAGUUGGGUUUGCACAUUAAGGAUGAAGAAUAUGACUUGCAAGGUCUCGACGAGGACGUCUUUCUCAGCGGAGAUUGGGAGGAAGGAGAGAUCAUUGGGGGAUGA